AUGUCCGGCACAAUAACUGGCAGAGUAGCGGCCAGCGCAACAGCCGCCGUGACUUCAGCAGCCGAGAAUGUCGCAAGAACCGCAACCGUCCUCACAGCCGCCGGCGGCUUCUCACCGCGCGAAGUCUACGAAUCCUCGACGCAAAUCACCCGCUCCUACUACCUCGGCCACCACGCCUCCGCCCUCAACAAAAUGCGCCAGACCAUCUCGAACGUCGGCCUGAUCAUCGAAUGUCGCGACUUCCGCGUGCCCAUCUGCUCAUGGAACCCUCUCCUCGAGCGCAGUCUAGCCGCCUCCGCCGCCGGCGAGCGCUCCCGCAUCGUCGUUUACACCAAGCACGACCUCGGUCCGCCGUCGGGCAACUUCUCCAAGGAAACCUCCAUCGAAAGCUACACCGACGGCCGCUACCAAAGCGGCAAGGACAUCGUCAAGACGCUCCGCAAAUUCCACAAGAACUCGCACACCACCAAGGACGUCAUGUUCCUCGGCACCUCGGCCGGCGCCCGCAGCCGCAACGACGCGCCCAACAACGACAAGAACCUGCUCGCGGCCAUCAAGCGCAUCGCCCUCGAAGCCGAGUCCCUGACGGGCAUGCGCGCCAUGGUCGUCGGCAUGCCCAACAGCGGCAAGUCGACUCUUCUCAACCGGCUGCGCGCCAAGGGCAUGGGUCUCCCCAAAGCUGCACAAACGGGCUCCACGCCGGGCGUCACCCGUAAGAUCGGCACCCCCGUGCGCAUCAUAGCCGGCGAAUCGGCCGACGACCCCAGCAGCGCCGGCUUGGGAGAAGGUGUCUUCAUCAUGGACACCCCCGGCGUGUUCAUCCCGUACGUCUCGGACCCGGAGGACAUGAUGCGUCUUGCGCUAGUAGGGUGCGUGAAAGAUGGUGUCAUCCCGUCCGUCACGGUAGCCGAUUAUUUGCUGUAUCACCUCAACCUCGUCGACCCAAAACUCUACACGCGCAAGUUCGACCUGGGCAAGCCAACCAACGACGUGCACGAGUUCCUUAGGGCGGUGGCGACGCGCACCGGCAAACUGAGAAAGGGGUCGGAGCUGAACCUGGAGAACGCGGCCGACUGGGUGGUGCAGGCGUGGCGGCGCGGAGACCUGGGCCGGUUCGCGCUUGAAAAGGUCACAGAGGAGACGCUGGCGCAGGCGGUGGAGAAGGCCAGGGAGCCGACGGUGAGUAUCAGCCAGGCGAGAAAGCGGGAGAAGGAGCAGAGGAAGGUUGCGCAGCAGAUGAAGUGGGCGGGUAUCUCGGCGCCGCCUGUUGCGUAG